CUCCUCUUCCUCCUCCCCUUCCUCUUCUUCCUCCUUUUCCUCCACCGGGCGCGCGCAUCCACCGGACCAAAAUCAGCAUACUCCUCUUUUUUCAGAGGCAAAGAGGUAAAAAAAAAAACAACAACAACAAAAACCGGGAUGCAAUCCAGGACAACCGGGAUUAAAAUCUAGGACUGAUACGGUUCGCAGAAUCCGCGCGCGGUGCUGGACCACACGGACGGUCCCUGAUAAAGAAGAAAGAAGUGCGCGCGCGCUGUUUCUCUCUUUGAAGUUACAACCGGGACUAUCAUAUUUUUUAUACCUUCAAACCGCAUCCACGCGCCGGCUUUCUUUCCGUUUUCCGUGCUCAGAAGUUGGAUGCGCGUUAACGGGUUCAACUUCAGUUGAAGUUGGAAGUCGGUGGACUUACAGAAGCACUGCUGCUUUUUUUCUUUUGGAAGAGGAAUAGACUAUACAUAUUUUGACCGGCUUCUAUAUGAGAAGGAGUGUGUUAUUUCUAUUUGAGACCAUCCAUCAGUUCAUCCCUCUAUCUAUCAAUCCACUGAAGCUCCGCUUUACAUAAGAAGAAGAGAAGCCCCCUCCCUCCCAACUGGAGGUGGGCUAGCCUACAGUUUUACCAGUUUUACGCACGGAUAUAUUUAUCAGCGUUAUGUUUAUUUAAUUUUUUAACCGCUUUCCAUAAGGGAUCCUAUUUUGGAGGUUUGGACUGCAUGGCGCAUUCCACCCAAACUCAUCACUCCAGGGCGUUCAGGUCUGUGAAUGCUUUCUGCUUUUAUUUUGUUUGUCUGUUUGAUUAAUCGCAAUCAAAUCGAUUUGGAGAAGCCGGAGAAGACUCGCGCUUGCACGGGAUACUAUACUGCGCGAAAGAGCGGUACUGUACGGGUUCUGUACACUGUUUUUGUGCAGAUGUACCUUCCUCAGAGGUACAGAAUGAUCCUUCAGCUUCGAGAGGUGGCAAAAGGGGCACCACCCCAGUGACCCUAGUUUAUUUUAUUUUAUUUAUUUAUAUUUCUACCAUUUUUGUUUUUUUUUUGGCUUGGGAGAAACUUUUUUGUUUUUUGGGUUGUUGUUUUUUUCGGCUCCACCAACAACAGAUACAUAUAGGUGGAUCUGCCAGCCUGCAAGCAUCAUCUUCAUCAUCCUCAUCUCAUCACAUCACAUCGCAUCAGAUCUGCCUCUCCCCAUGACCGAAACCAUGGCUCUGAGUGGGAACUGCAGGACUCAGCCCACGGCCAAUAAAGACCAGGGGUCCGUCCAGAACAGCUUCCCAGACGUGAUUGAGCUCAACGUCGGGGGGCAGGUGUACUACACCCGCCACUCCACCCUGACCAGCCACCCAGCUUCCUUCCUGGGCAAGCUGUUCUCCACCAAAAGUAACGCGUCCAACGACCUCGCCCGGGACCCCAAGGGCCGCUACUUCAUUGACCGGGACGGUUUUUUGUUCCGCUAUGUUCUGGACUACCUCAGGGACCGUCAGGUGGUUCUGCCCGACCACUUUCCCGAGAAGGGCCGCCUGAGGAAGGAGGCCGAAUACUUCCAGCUUCCCGACCUGGUCAAACUGCUGACGCCCGAGGAGCCCAAGCCCAGCCCAGAGGAGUACUUGCACAGCGACUACGAGGACGGCUCUCAGGGCAGCGAUCAGCGCGCUUGCCCGCCGCCCUCGUUAGUACCAGCGGACCGGCGGAGCGGCUUCAUCACGGUCGGCUACCGGGGAUCGUGUACGGCUGGACGGGAGAGCCAGACGGACGCGCGCUUCAGGCGCGUUCCGCGGAUCAUGAUCUGCGGCAGGAUCGCCCUGGCCAAGGAGGUCUUCGGGGAGACCCUGAACGAGAGCAGGGACCCGGACCGGACCCCUGAGCGCUACACGUCCCGCUUCUACCUGAAGUUCAAGCACCUGGAGCGCUCCUUCGACAUGCUCUCCGAGUGCGGCUUCCAGAUGGUGGCGUGCAACUCCUCCGUCACCGCCUCCUUCGUUAAUCAGCACACGGACGACAAAGUGUGGUCGAGUUACACGGAGUACGUCUUUUACCGUGGUCCGUCACGCUGGUCUUCACCACCCUGCGACUGCUGCUGCAAGGGCCACAAAGGUGACGGCGAGGGCGAGAGUGGCACAUCCUUCAACGAGCUUUCCACCUCCAGCUCCGAGAGCCACUCAGAGGCCAGCUCCCCCCAGGGCACGGUCAUCCGUGGUCCCGUGAGCCGACAGACGCACGUCCAGACGCUGGACCGCCCACCCAAGAAAGGCCCCGUGCAGCACCUUUUGCAGCAGCAGCAGUCCGAGCAGCGUCGCAAGAGUGACCUCCUCCGCACCCUCACCGCAAGUGCCCGGGACACCAGCACCAGCAAGAAGCGCCCCACUAAGGAGAAGAUGACGGUGGAGGAGGAGCUGGAGAAGUGCAUCCAGGACUUUCGCAAGAUCAAGAUCCCGGAGCGCUUUCCAGAGCGCAAGUACAUGUGGCAGGCUGACCUGUUGCGCAAGUAUCGCCUCUGAGGAAUCGGGGGGCACUGGGACAACUUUUGCCCCCAAAUCAAAUCAAAUCUAAGCAGGAGUACAAAGCUGUGAGCUGUGAGUUGUGUCGGCGAACGCAAAUCUUCACUACUGCCUCGGACUCUUCUGUGUUCUCAGAUCUUGUUUGAAACGUUGAAACGAUUGAUUCAAAGUGGGAUUGAAUCGCUUCUAAGAAGACUUACCACUCAAGUUGACAUGAAGCUUCGUUAGUUUACGUGGACCAGAAAACAGAAAAAGGCAUGGUUUUCCUGGAAAGCGAAAUUUCCUGGUGUUUUUUUUUGCGUCCUGGUGGUUUGUGGUGUCCUCUUUUCAGCUAGCACGGAUGAGCACAAGUGUAUAUCUGUCAUUGACCUCAGCAUGUCCGUGGCGCUAGCCGUUGCGUUCAGGUGGCCCAAAGGUCGGAUGAAGAACGCACACCCGUAUCAUAAAUAAUUCAUUCUGUCCCCACAGUGCCCUCGCUAAAAAUAGCGAGCUGGUGCCUGGUGGCGGACGUGAGAGCCAGGUUUGAUUUCAACACUUCGGGAAGCACAGAAGACCAUGUGUGAUCCCCCGACCCCUCCUCCGCUUCAUUUCAGCUUUCCCUUGCUUCAUCACCAAACCCCGGCUAGAGUACCUUUCCAUUUCUGUCCCCUUAUCGGCCUCUAUAUAGACUUAGUCAUGGUGUAAAAAGGGUUAUGCACAGUAGUUGGAAUCUCUGCACAAUCCCCCCUUUACGUACUGAAAGCGUGGCCUGACCUGUAUUGAUCCAAGUGGGAUAGUUUUAAACGAGAUAAGUGAGGACUUAGGCUGGAGAUAUACUUGCUGUUUGUUGCUGCAGGAUUCGACUUCCACUAGAGGUCUCCACUUGCUGUGGGCGCAGAUAGUCGUUCGUCAAAAACCUUUCUUCACAGCAGUGCCCCUAGUGUUUUGUUAUGUGUACUGCACAUUCACGUAAUGCAGUUUACGUUAACUUCCAAUGAUGUGCAUGUGCCACUCAAGGAAGGUCAAAACUUAGCCUGUGCAAGUAAUGCAUAGUAAACAGCAAGUAUAUGUCUAGCAUUACUGUGAAGAAGUUAAAUAUAUUAAAAUAAAAUGUGGGGUUGAAAUGAAAAAAAGAAAAAGAAAAAAUAAUAACACACUGCCGUUUACUUAAACACUUAAACACAAAAACACACACAAAUGUCAACAUAAGGGCAAUGCACAACACUGUCCAAAACUGCCACUGAUGACAGCACUGAGCAAUGUCCAAUGGAACACAUUCAUAUCUGACAGAGUGUGGUAAAUAAUUAUCAUUAUUAGAUUUUACUUCCUAUUGGUUGACCAACUACAAGAGACAGAUCACAUCUAUGUUUAUUCAAAUGGAUGUAAUCCAUAACCACUUAUGACUUAUAAUUACUUACUUAUUAAUAACAGCAGGGUUGGUGUAAUGUUUGUAAAAUGAACAACAAAAAAAGUGUUUAAUCUAACGUCAAGUGCAAUGAAAAAUCACUAUAAAAAAUAAAACGACAAAUUAUUUAAACAGAACUUUAUUUUUGGUGAAAUAUAAUACAUAUUUAAAAAAAACAAACAAAUAAAUAUAUAUAUAUAUAUACAUAUAUAUAUAUAAAUAGUACAAUGACAUGCCAAAAGCUGCGGGACGGGAACUAAUGUUGCGUCCCGUGACUUUUGCCACGUCUCAGGUAAGCUACAGAAUGCUGCACUGACCUAAAAGGUGAUGUAUGUGAAUUCCGAAAUUCUGGAUGUGACGCAUGGACAGUUCUAGCCAGAUGCCGCCGGUCGCGAUCAUUACCGCUCACUGCCAUGAGCUGUCCACUGUGGGUGGUAAUGCCUUCUAUGGUGAUGAUGGAAUGUCCAAUCCAUCUGGUCCACGAAGAAAAGAGCGCACUUCACUGCGAAACGGAGCGCAGUGUCAUGCUCGAACAGUUCCCAGUGCAAUGUAAUUAAUUAAUUAUGACACACCAGUUGAAGCCAUGCUCUGAUUAAGAGGUUUAUAAUGGUUGGAGAGAGAGAGUGAAAAUGUCAACCGUCUAUUAAUCAGUGGUGUAAUUGAUUUUAUGCUCUUUCAUUUGAGGCAUGAAAUGUAAAAAAAAUACGUUUGACUCACGACUGGCUCUGUUGAGCCUCCUCGGCAUCGCUGAGGUUAGUAGCUUGGAAUAUCAAUCAUCUGUUGGUAGCACAAGCAAGCAAAGCAGUAUGCUGUUUUUUUUUUUUUCAUUUUAUGUGUAGUAUUUUCCAUAUCUUUUUUUUAUUAGCCAGUACAUUUCUCUAGAUUUCACAGAUAACAGAUAUAAAACCACAAAACAGAAGAAAAAGUUGAUAAAGUAUGGAAAGUGCAUUUUUUUUACAGGUUUCUUGUAUUUAUUUUUGUUUUAGUUUUAUUUGAUUGCAGAGAACAGUAUGACCCCAACAUGUUUCAUUCAUUUAUUUAUAUGAUUUUUUUCACUUAUAUACCCAUUCUUGCAUUCCAGGCCUGCAAUACAUUUUAAAUAAUAUUAAGAAGGUGCAAUUUAAGCAUAUGAACAAAGGUGUCAAGUAUUGCAGUACAAAUACUUUAUUACUUCAUAUUUACUUCAGUAGAAUAUUUGGUUAUCUAUACUUUACUGGAAUAAUUAUUGUUCAGAUUAUAUAUAUUUUUUUACAUAUUUAUCUGAACUUUCUACUCCUUACAUGUAAAAAAAAGCCAAUAGCCAAAUUACUCCUAUUUCAUUUCAGCUUGUUUUAAUUUCAUCAUUUUCUCAUCAUUCAAAAAAAUAAAAUGUAUCCAGAUAAAUCUCUCCAUCCAGAUAGAGAUAGAACUUCAACUUCAAGCUCUUGAAAUGUCCCAACUAAAGUUAUUUAGUUAAUUUUAAUAUAUUUGCAUUGUACUAAAAUGCAUUCAUAUUUAAUAGGCACAUAUGCAGCCGAAAAAGGGAGCCUAGUGAAUCCCAAAUUUUCAACAUUAACAUUUGAAUAUACAUUAUAGUCAUUUUGGCUUUAAGAAAAUGUGUUUUAGGGGGUGGGUACUUUUACACUUUUGCUUUUUUUUUGUAAAAGGCUUGAGUUGAUGCUUCAAGUUCUACAGAAGUAUUUUAAACCUUAGUAUCCAUACUUCUACCUGAGCAAUGACACCUUUGCAUAUCGUCGCUGUCCAAUAAAAAAGUCCUAAUGAGUUGAUUGGGUAAUUGGCUGUGCAAAAUGGGGAGAAAAUAGGAAAAAAAUGUAAAUAAAAUUCUAAAAAAAAGUUUAAAAAAGUAAAAGAGUUUACUUCAGGUCAUUUUGAAGUAUUUCUAUUGGUCAAUUUAUUAAGACAUUUCGGCAUAGUGUAAGAGACAGUUUGUUUAAAAUAUGUACUAAACAAAAAAUUGGACAGCGACGGUAUGAAUUAGAGAAAUAAAAAAAAAAAAAAACAUGGCAUUACUCUGGUCAGCUAAUGUGGUCAACAUUAGGCUUCUAAUUUUUACCAUAAAAUGUAGUAAUAAUAUUAAUAAUAGAGCAAAAUACUGAAUAGUUCAACAAGACAAUGCCAAACCAAAUGCUGCGUGCAUUUCAAAGGCAUAUAAGGCUCUAGAAGAAGAGGUUACCGGUACCAAAUAGAAAAUAAUUUGAGAGAAUUUUGAAAUUAAAAAAUGCGACAAUGACAACAGUGUACUAUUGCAUGGCUUAGAAUGCGAUUGUAGGAAGAAUGGGUCUGUUGGUUCAUACUGUCUGUAUUCAAAUAAAACUGAUCUAAAGAGUAAAAACACUGUAUUUCAUAAAACUUUUGCAGUUUCCUUACAUUUCCAACUUUUGUAUUCUGAUUUAGGGUUGUAAACCUAAAUGAUAACCUCUGUUAAGGUGAACAGCCUCAUACAACAUAAAUAUAAUACAUAUAGUACAUUUUACCACUUUUACCUCUGCAAGUCAUAUGAAUGUAACAAUACACAACAGAGCAGAAACUGCAUGGCGCAUUGUGUUUGAAUUCAAAUGUUAUUUAUUUUAUUAUUAAAGCAAGGUUAAAGAAUGUUAUAGACCAUACCAAAGGAACAGAGAGGGAUGGGCAAAGAUCUUAAACUCUUAUUUAGCUGGCGUUAGCUUACAUUUUUCAGUCCCUGUCUGUAUAAUUUAUUUAUUUAUUUAUUUUAUUUUUUCAUUGAUCCAGAUUAUAUGAUGGCACAUCACAACAUUCAGCCUCGAUACUGCCACCUACCCCAAAACCUAUAACUGGAGAUGUUCUUUAGAAAACUCUCAAGAUUAGAUGCUUUAUUCAGGCCUUGAUUAAAGCUCAGGCCUUGUGACUAACUGAUGAAGUCAUACACCAAGCAACAAGCAUAACAUUAUGACCACCUCCCUGUUUCUACACUCAUCGCUGCUACAUUAUCUGAGCAUAUACAGUACUAGAAGCAUCUUGUAGUUCUAUCAUUACAUACACCUUAAAUUGCAGUCAUUUUGCUUCUCUACAUCCAUUUUCAUCUUGUUCUUCAAAUUUCAGGACCCCACAGGACCACCAGAGAGCAGAGGGUGUUAGGACCCGAUGUAGACUUACUCCCCAGACCCUCUGCCAGACCAAAUACUUUAGUUUUUAUUGGAUAGAAAUGAGGAAUAUGGCUUCAGGUUGAUCAAUACCAAAAUAUCAAGCAAAACCAAGUCGAACAACUGUUACCAAAACAGGUGAAAAGGUAGUCAAACAAAAUGACUUUCACCCCCUACAUUACCCCAAUGAUAGAUGAUGCUGUUCCAGGUCAGGAAAGAGGAUGAGCCAUCUAAACUAUGUAGAAGAAACAUAUAUGACAUUUAAAAGGUGUUAAACAAACCAAAAUAUGUUUUUACUAUAUUUUAGAUUCUUUAAAGAAGGCACCUCUUGCUUAGAUGACAGCUUUGCACAUCUUGGCUGGAUUUUCUCAUUCAGCUUUAUGAGGUAGAGUCACCUGGAAUGAUCAGUUUUCAGUUAACAGCUGUGCUGAACUCGUCAAGAGUUAAUUACUUGAAUUUCCUGCCUCUUAAUGUGUUUGAGAUCAUCAGUUGUAAAGUUGUGAAGAGAUAGAGUUGGUUGGUAUACAGUAAAUAACCCUAUUUAAGUAAUGUUCUAAUCCAUAUUAUGGCAAAAAAAAAAAAAAAAAAUAACUGAGCCUGAAAAUAAAGAAAAGAAAAUACACAAAACUACGCUAACUCUCUGUCAACAAAACAGGAGAAAAAGUAGUCAAACAAAAUUGCACUCACCUGCUACUUUACCCCAAUGAUUCAUGGUCUUUUUCUAGAAAAGGCUCCAUUGGUGGCCACAAGAAAAGUAUGAGUGGACCAGGCACAGCAGUGCUGCUGGAGUUUUUAAACAUUGUUUUGUUACUUCUACCUUGUAGUCAGAGACAGAAGCUCUGAAUCUGUUGAUGCACAUUUUGUGUUGGUCAUCGAAUUGGUAUACAGUGAAUAGACAUAUUUUAGUAAUGUGCUAUUCCAUAUUAUGGCGAGAACUACUCAACAACUUAAAGAUAAUUGUAAAAGUCAGUAUGAAAGAUUUUAAGAGCUUUGAAAGUAUCCUCAAGUCACAGUCACAAAGACUAUUAAAAACAUUAUGAUGAAACUGGCACCCAUCAGGACCUUCCCAAAAAAAGAAAAAAGACAAAGAGCUACUUCUGUUGCACAGGAUAAGUUCUUCUAGUCCCUCAUUGGUGGUUAUAGUAUGCAGUUGAACUAUUCUCAGUCUAGAAGUGUUUAAAAACUCCAGCAGCACUGAUGUAUCUGAUCCACUCGUACCAGCGUGGAUCACAGAGCGGCUCUGUGGUCCAUUAAAGAAACAUCAGGACUACAGACUGUAAUUACAGUAUGAAAGAACUACAAACAGCUGGAAACAAAUGUUGGUCAUAAUGUUAUGCUUGAUCUGCGUAGUAUACGUUGCACAGGCUCCUAGAGAAUCGUCAGCCGCCUUGAUCAUUCUAUAACAUUCCCAUCUCAUCAAUACAGCAGCGAUCUGUGAUUGGCUGUGAGUAGCUGUGCACAUACAACUAACUGUAUAAUCUUUUUGUACCAUCAAAGUAUUUCAGCUACUUUAAACUUAAAAAAAAGCACUGCAGUCUGUGAAUACUGUAACAUAAUAGCUCUAUAAAUCACAUGUAAAUAAAGUGUAGAAUUGAAAUUGAAAACGAUAUAAAAAAAGAAAAAUGAUAUAUUAUGUCUUAUCUGCACAUAUUGCCUACUACCAGUGAAAGGUACUGUAAUCCCUAAUCCACGAGGAUGUGAAUUAGAUCAAGGGUUAAUCGGAUGCAUAAUAAAACAAAUGAAAAAAAAAAUAAAAACAAUGACUAAGAACACUGAAAAAAAUGAUGAGUAAAAUUUACUUAAAAAAAGUUUCGCAAUUUUCUGCAUUUGCUUUUUUUAAGUACAUUUAAUUUCAGAUACAUUUAAGUAACUUUAACUCGGUUUCAAGACUUAAAUGUUACACAGAGUAAAUAAGUGAACUGAACUUCAUUCAAUCCUUUCUUUUAGUAAACUUUACUUUAUUUAUUUUUGCUGAAUCAAUCAUUUUUAUUUAGUAAACUUUACUU